CAGAGGUCAUGUUACUGUAGCCUAACUACAACCGAACCAAGACAGUAUUCAUUGGCGCCUAAAGUGACGUUGAACUAUGAGUUCUACAUUUUUAUACAUUCGAGGGACAUCUUUUCUGCUUUAUUUUUAAUCUGACAUUCCUCCCCCACCCUUCUUCUCCCGGGAAGGGGGAAGAAAAGAGAGGAAUCGCUGUAUGAUGGUGUCAAGGUGUAUGGACUCAUGUCUGUCGCUGUGUGGAUGUGCUUCUUUCUUGAUGGGCAGUGAUGGAUAUAGAUACCACAAACAGAGAGAUGUCCUCAAUGCCAAUGCAUACAUCUCUCUUGACACGCAGUUUAUGGGCGAGGAGGCGAUAGUGCUCAAGUGUGGCAGUCGGCUGUGUGGGGAGGGGGGAGUGUUGCUGAAUGUGCCCCUCCUUCAGAGCAAGUCUUACUUCGAGGUCAAAAUACAACAGUCAGGCAAUUGGGGAGUGGGUGUUGCAACGAGAGACGCAGACCUCAGCCAUCCUCCUUUGGGUCGCGACUUCUUCUCUUGGGUAAUGCGCAGCACGGGCGAGUUGUUCCACGACGACAAAGUAGUCUCAACCGCAUCUCUCCCCAGUGCAGCCGAUUCAUCCAGGUCCAGUCAUAAUCUGGUGGUGUGUAAGAGUGGCCGGACUGCGUGUGGAGUCCAAAUGAGUGACUCAUCUGUGAAUCAAGAGAGACUGGGAAAUGUGGCCAGCUUCGAAGACGGAGACAUAAUCGGAGUGGCGUUUGACCACGUAUCUCUGCAGUUCUACCUGGGAGGAAUCAAGCUAGAAGGAGCCUCCUUCCUCAACAUCAAGGGCCAAGUCUACCCGCUACUAUAUGUGAGUGAAGAUGCAAUAUUGGAUAUAAGGAUACAGGACUUCGUCUUCAGACCUCCUAAAGGAUUCAGCCAAAUACUGCGAGAGAAAACAAUCUUAUGAUAGAGAGAAAAUAGCGGAAAGAGUGAAACUUUCUUGAUUAUAGACUUGCAAAAAAGCUUUGACGAAUGAUAUCAGGAAAACAUCCAUCUAUAGAAAACACAUUUAGAAAGCAGAGGAUUUAUGGGUGGGCGCCGCCCCUUCCGCAGGAAAUCCCCCUUUGGUACUUUUUUGAGACCCCUUCGGUACUAUUUUGGCUGGCUGACCCUAAAGUUUCUCUAAAGGCGCUUUUGGCGACAAUAUAUACUAAUUUUGAAAGAGGACCGUGCGCUGAGACACGUGAUUUUUUAUUCAAGGAUGUUUUCUAGCAGCAAACUUGUCUAUUACUCGUAGCAGUUUUCAUCAGUAAUAAAAGCAGCUAUUUUUUCCAUUGUUUUGAUAUUAUAUUCCUUUCGAUGUAUUUUAUGUGAAUGUAUAUACAUGUCUUGAUAUUCGUGAUGAAAGUUGUAAAACUAUUUUAUUCAGUAGUUUAGAUGAAUUAGAGAUCCUUUGUUUUCCUCUU